UGUAAGACGUCUCGUUGAUCAAUAAAGUCUGCAUGAUGCGCUAUUAAAGUGAUGCAAAAGAGCUGUAAACUAUCGGAAGUUAAGUUGAGAACAUUUUGAGUUAUGUAAUGCGAUACUACGUUAAAAUAUUUGAUCGCGAUAUUUGAUAAGUGUACAUAAACAGAACACAGUGUUAUUUAUGCUGUACAUUUCAACAAAUCUUACAAUUUUGAUCGUUAACAAUAUAUCAGAUCACCAAAAUAUUUUCUGAAUAUGGACAUAGUGGUCAAGCUUAUAUUAUUGACUUGUUUUGCAUUGAGAGCAUGUUGUGUGGAAGGGACAUCUUCAAACAUUACAAUGUCCACAAUUCUGGAUGAGAUAUUUGAGAAUUAUGACAAGAAGUUGCCACCUAAAUUUGACAGAGAACAUUCGGACAGACAGGUUGAAGUGGUUGUCAGUAUAUAUGUUAUAUCCAUGUACUCUAUCAGUGAGGCGAAUAUGGAUUAUUCAAUGAGUAUGCAUCUGCGAGAACGCUGGGUUGAUGAGCGUCUACGAUACACGGAUGUUUUGAACCUUACUAGACUGGAACUUGAUACGUCAUUGUUUGAGAAAGUAUGGGUUCCAGACAUGUACAUACUAAAUGAGAAGUCAUCAAAUUAUCAUGAAGUUACGGUCCUGAAUAAAAUGAUGCACGUGUAUCCUGAUGGUACCGUGCAGCUAAGUGCAAGAGUAACGGGCUUAUUUUCAUGUUCCAUGAAUCUACAGAAAUAUCCAUUCGACACUCAGACCUGCUUUCUGGAAUUAGAAAGUUAUGGCCAUAGUACGGAAAAUAUGCGGUUUGUAUGGAAGGCCGAUGCGGUAUCAGUGGCUGAAGAUAUAAAGUUUCCUCAGUUUUCGUUGGCAGAAAUCAAGCCAUACAGCUGUGAAAAGAAUUAUUACGGGAUUCUCUUCCCUUGUAUUGGAGUAAAGUUUAUCUUGGGGAGGAACUAUGCCUAUCAUAUCGUGCAGAUUUAUAUACCAAGUAUCCUAAUUGUAAUCCUAUCCUGGGUAAGCUUCUGGCUGGACUGUACAUCUGUACCGGCACGAGUUUCACUCAGCCUACUGACUGUCCUUACAAUAACGACACAGAGUUCCGGUGCUAGAGCUAAUCUUCCACGUGUUUCAUAUAUUAAAGCAAUAGACAUUUACAUGGCAACUUGUCUCGCAUUUGUUUUUCUCGGACUGUUGGAGUUUGCUUACGUCAAUGUUUUGACUCGGAAAGAGACGAAGCCUUCAAAAGAUGCGCAAAGAUCACAAAACACGUCUGUCAGUUCAAAACAAAAUAACGGACAGAAACCUGAAUUGGAAGAUUACACGACGAAAGACAAUCAUUGUGGACUAUUAUGUUUUAGACGACUGUCCAACUUAGGAAGAGCACGUCUUGUGGACAAAAUAUCUCGAUUUGUGUUCCCUACAACCUUUUUUGUGUUCAAUCUAGUCUAUUGGUUAGUCUACUUCAUUAGAGAUCCUCAGCUUGAAAACUGACAUUAACAUUCAGGAAUAAAUACAUAAUAAGUAUUAUAUUAACCCUUAGCCUGCUGCAGGCGAAUUUAACAGCCUUUGCAAACAGCUUGGAACCAGAUCAGACGCCGAUUAAAUCGGCGUCUGAUCAGGUUCCAAGCUGUUUGCUACUCUGACAAUAUUUCUUCCAAUUUUGGAGCAAAUUGAAUGAACUUAACAAUUUUAGCAGACGACAUUUCCAGCAGACGACAAUUUACCUAGCAUGCUAAAGGUUAAUGAAUGUUGGGAAGACCAUAAUAUCAUAAGUUACCGAACGGUAACCACUCUGAACGCAGAAAUGUCGGGCACACGGUCACGAGAGAUACAAAUUUAAUAUGUUAUUUUAAAAUAACAAACGCAUGUAUGUUAGUUUAAGGUACUAAGGUAUAACUUAUUGUAAUGAGUAUUUCUUUCGCAUACAAAAAGCUGUAAGUUCAACCGGAUCAUCACAGUUACUUAUCACUACAAUAUUUUAGAAAUAUAAGAAUCACAUGAUCAAAAUAAUCCAAAAUAAAUUUAUGAAUACUAUGGGAUGAUAUUGAAGCAACUUUUGCUGUAAAUCUAAAAUAAAGCUUAUUAUUUGGCAACAUAGAUGUAUCCGCAAACUACAUAGAUUUCAAUCACAAUCACCUUCUGAUUAUCUGGAACACUUCAAAAAACCGAGACUUCUUAUUUCCCUUAGUAUUUGUAAUUACAGGAUAUCUAUCAUUAUUGUCAAUUACAUAAUAAUUUAACAAUUUUCAUUAGUCAUAUGUUAGGAUAUGUUUAAAUUUCAUAUUUUAUCAUGGUAGGCAAUUUAUUCAUGUUCUUCAAAAAAUAACUUUGGUUUAGAGAUUAUUUUGAUCAUGUGAUUCCCCACAGUGGCUUUGACGUUUGAUGCUAUGGCAUAAGAAUUAUAAAUUACAAAAAAAGGAAUUUUGUUGCAUAAUUUCAUUAGAGUUUCUGACUUUUCUGUGCCUUUGUGGACCUGAAAAGUGCCAUUGAUAUAAUAUGCCGGAGAGCACGUCUCUUGGGGGAAAAUAUUUGCCUGUAAUAAUAAUGGAAAAAAUUAAAAGUGGUGAAAAGUAUUUACGCCAAUGCAAAGUCCCGUAUUAAUGUUAAUGAGGAAAAUCGAGUUUUUUUUCUCUUGCUCAAUUGGCGGUCGUCAAGGUGAAAAUUUGUCGCCUUUGCUCUUUUCUUUGUUUUUGAAUGAUUUGCAUAAUUUUAUUUUGUAAAUAAAGGUAUAGCUGAAGGUAUUGACUAUGUCAAACCAACUUUAAGACAUGCCAGUUGAAACUGGAAGCUGGAAUGCAGUUGAUUAUAAUUUGAGAAUAUGUAAUUUAUGUAGCACCAGUGUCGGAUAUGAGUUCCAUUAUUUAUUUGAAUGCCAGUAUUUUAUGUUUAAAAAAAAGAAGUUUUCUUAUAUCGGAAUAUUAUACACGACCAUUUGUAAACAAUAUCAACAGUUGAAUGGAUAUUGCAAUAAUAGAUGUGCCUGAAUAUAGAUUAUGCUACUUACAAGAUAGACUUAUUAAGUAAAAAUGUUGUUCUCUCCCGAUAAUCAGAUAUCAAUCAUGUUUUUUAUCAUCUACUGUUGUAUACGAUAACGAUUAUUUGUGUCUAUGCCUUUUUGAUGCCUCAUUUGUUUAAUCAAUAUUAUGUUAUACCUCAUGUUGUCAUGUAUUGUGACCUGAGAGAAAUUAAAUAAAUUGAAAUUGAAAUUGUUUAGAAUCUAAACAAGUCA